AUGACGACCCGAAUGGCGUGGAUGGUGGUGUGCCAGCCUCCUGCGCCAGAGGGUGGCAAGCAGGUGUACCCGAGCUUUAAGCGCGGCAUUCUCGAGUGCGUCGAGGAGUCGAAGGUCAGUCCGCAGCUGGUGCUCCAGGUCACCUCUGGCAACUGGAACGUGAGGGAGGACUAUCGACUGAAACUGUGGGCUAAGUGCUUACUUACCAGGGCCAAUAUGAUGUCCAAAAGCGGCGUGUUCCACAUUGACGUCGCUCUAUCAGCAGUUCCUGAACAUGACAAAGCCGCAGUAGAGAGAACCAUCGAUGAAUGCCUGUUCUCAACAGCCCACAAACCCGAAGAAACAGCGUGGCAUUUUCUUAAAUGCUACCACCAGAAUAGACCGAGACAUAACUUUUUU